CUCUCGGGCGGCGCUUCAUCGGUACGACAUCUUGGCCGGCAUGUCAUUCGCAUUCGCGUAGCAAGCUUAGUCUCUAUGGCAGCAUCGCCUAUUCUCAACGUCCUCGUUGUGGACUUCCACCAUGCCCGCGGGCCCGAAAUCGAGUACUGCUUCCCACAAGUCGAGGACGCCGAUCGGCCCAAGUCUUGGGAUAUCCUCAGCUUCCAGGCUUUGCCAGAUGGCUCGCAUCUGCAUGAUGAGGAUUACUCCUACUUCACUGUCAUCACGGGUGAUGCGGAUAUACCAACAGCAUUUGGCAUCUCCUGUAACCGUCAACUCAAAUCAGACACACUCCUUCGUAAGAAGGAAGAUGUCACGCGCAGUACAAUACAAAAGGCGAUUGUUGUAUUGACAUCGACGCCGCACGUCUUUUCACACAUCAAGGACAAGCUGGGCGCAGUGACUCGGGCAUUCUUCGCUCAGCGCGACUUUGACGAUUGCGAGAUUUUGCGCGGCUUUUACGAUUCCCUUGUCGCGCGGCUGAAAGCGGGUCAUGCAGAUGAAGAUGCAUUGUACACUGGUAUGCCUGUCCGACAGCUCAUUCAUGAUUUCAAAUGGAAAGUGCUCGUCAUGCUCAAAGCGCUCCUGCUUGAACGACGCAUCUUAUACUUUGGCACCAAUAUCGAGCAGCUUUGUACAGUGCAAUACUCCGUGUUAUCGCUCGUCCCUGGUUUACUCGAAAACCUCAAAUACUGCGGAGAUCCAAGCUUGUCGGAGCCUGAAGAUGGCACACGACAGCGCAAGCACGAAACAGUGCGUUCAAGUGAUCGUAAGAGUAUGUUGCGAUACAUGGGCAUGCCACUACAGCCUUUCAGCAAAGGCGCUUUCUUCGGGCCCUAUACGCCUUUACAACAAGUGGACUUGCUUGAAGAUCCCGACACGCGCUCCUAUAUGAUUGGAUCAUCCAACAGCCUCUUUCUGCAUGCGAAAGAGCGGCAUUGCGACGUCCUCAUCAAUGUAGAUACGAAGACAAUUGAGUUACUGGACCCGACACUACGCCCUGCGCUCGCCUUGUCUGGUGCCGAUCGAAAAUGGGCAGAUGCAGUGGUACAGCUUGUUGAGGAGGCGUGGGACCCGAGCUUCCCAGACAUGCCUUCUACGCGCACCUUUUCAGGGAGUGAGGAAGAUAUUCGGAACUUGUUUGAACGAUACAUCUUUGCCCUCUGUGCAGUUGACAAGUACAACACUUAUACACAACGUCGCAAUAAACCGAACGAUGGAGCACGAUCGCCUAGUCCUGAAGCAUUGCUGGAUAUUGAGCAUGAAAUUCAGCUCAAGGAUUAUGGGACCCUCUUUCUCGAGCACUGGCGCAAGACGGAAAAUUAUCGCUUAUGGUCAACGGCUUGCGAUGACGAAUGCUUCGAUAUUGCUGAACCAAGGCAUCCUGUACUUGAACGCGACUUGACAUUGGCGGAUGUGCAGCAACGCCUUGUGACUGCCGUAGGAGAGCUCAAGUUGGACGAGCGUACAGCACAGACGCGACAGGCCAUCAAAUCAACUCUGGCGCAUGGCAGUGUCAAAGUUGGCAAGUUUUGGCAAGAAAAUAUGGAAGCGUUGCAACGCAGAACUGCAGCAACGGCUUCAGCUCCACCCGAGUUGAAAGAGGGCUCCCUGACUGAGAAGGCAGCAGACAAUGCACCCCCGCCGUUGUUGCAAAUGCCAACACAGGAAAUUCAAGUUGCAAAAACAUACUUGAGUGGCUUCAAGUCUCGCUGGCAACGUGCCUUUACGGGUACUUCAGCAAACAGUACGACUGUUGAAGGUUCAUCGACGACGACAGCGCCACAAGUCAGUAAACAGAGUUUGGACCUACCUCCAACACCAGACAUGAUCGAUUCGUUGCCCGCUGGUCGGGUUGGCGGUAUGCGCGGGUCGAUGCCGGUUCAAGUGGACAUGUCGCUUUUGGUUGCUGAUACUAAUCAGCGGCCUAGCUCGUCCCCUGCCGUUGUCUCACAUGCUCCUGCAGCAUCUUGUGUCAAGAUGGAAGGAGCACGUCCUGACGAGCCAGCGACUGAGGCUGCGCAAACGGUCAAGGAUGCGCCGACGUCCAUCGCAGGACUGGAACAGCUUAGAGAAGGACAAAACUAAAGGGGCAGAAGUCAUUGUAGCGUAGAAAAAUUGUGCUAUCGCUAUGCUUAAUCAUUAGAACUCCCUAGUCUUCAUCAUCAUCGUCAGAAG